ACCGUGGACGGAGCAAGAAUCCUGGCCGUGUUGCCGACCAACACCAAGAGUCACUAUGCCAUGUACGGCACGAUCCUGGACGCUCUCGUGCAACGACACCAUAACUUGACUGUCAUCACCCACUUCCCGAAGAAUUACGCUGCACCGAAUAUAAAAGAGAUCAGUCUAGCGGGGACCAUAAAAGACUUAAGCAAUAAUCUAACCAGGCAGCGGAACACUCUCAAGCCAAACUUCAUUUUCAACCUGGAAGCACUCAUAAGUGAAUGUAUAGAAGCAUGUCAAGUUGUAUCACAACAGGCGAACAUACGAGCACUUCUUAACACCACAGACACGUACGACUUAGUUAUCAUCGAGGUCUUCGGGAGCGACUGCUUCUUACCGUUCGGGAAGUUGUUCAACGCACCAGUCGUCGGAUUACUGUCCAGUGUCCCAUUGCCGUGGGUUAACGACCAACUGGGUAAUCCGGAGAUACCAUCUUAUAUCCCAGCGUACGUGACCGGCUUUAGCCAGAGCAUGAGUUUGUGGGAACGUUUCAGUAACACUUUGUCUAUUUUAUUGGCUAAGAUCCUAUACCAUUACAAAUCACAAGUACCAUCCCAGGUGAUCGCGGAUAACCUUUUUGGACCAGGAUACAAACUAGACGAAUUAGCCCAAAAUUAUAGUCUAGUUCUUUCAAAUAGUCACUUUAGCAUAAACGAAGUACGACCUCUAGUUCCUACUUUGAUAGAAGUCGGCGGUGUUCAUCUUAACGAUAAACAAAUAAUGUCAAAGGAUCUGAGAACAGUUUUAGACAGCGCACAUGAAGGAGUUAUUUAUUGGAGCUUCGGCUCUAUGUCUCGCAUUGAAACGAUUCCUAAAGACAAACUUAAGCAGAUGUUCGCUGUUAUUGCGGAGUUGCCACAAUUGUUCCUAGUGAAGAUGAACAGAUCGAUGAUGCCCGGUAAUAUAACGAUACCGGAAAAUAUAUUGCCCAUGGAAUGGAUACCGCAGUACAAGACACUGUGUCAUCCGAACGUGAAAGUAUUUAUAUCACACGGGGGGCUGCUGGGAACCCAGGAGGCCGUGGCGUGCGCUACUCCAAUGCUAAUUGUCCCACUGUUUGCGGACCAAGCUCUAAACGCACGUGCAAUGAGAGAAAGGGGUGUGGCACGCUCCAUAGCAUUAGCAGAUGUUACUGAGAAUUCGUGGAGAGAUGUCCUUCACGACUUAAUCACAAAUGAUAGAUAUAAAACGAGUGCUCUCUUACUCCGAGACAAAUUUAUGGACCGUCCCAUGCCGCCUUUGGAGACCAGCGUAUACUGGAUCGAGUAUGUCUUGAGACAUAAGGGUGCAACACAUCUUCGCUCGCCUGCUUUAGAAUUGUCCUUCAUUCAAUAUCUUCUUUUAGACGUAGUCGCCUUAAGUUUGGCUAUAUUUUUAACGACAACAUUUAUAUUACACAAAAUAUUUCGAUACUUGUGUAUACGAUGCAUUCGGUGCUUGCCCAAACAGGAAAUCAUUGAAAAGAGACUAUUUAGAAGAAAUAACAUUCGCCUCUUUCAUUGUUUUAUAUGGGUAUAUAAACUUAAAACAAAUUGA